AUGUCUCCGGACAUUCCCGGGAGCCCUCUCUGCGCAGAGGGUGCCGGCCUGGCCCGAUUCUCCCUUCGCAGGCGGGCGCCUGGGGUCCACGUCCUCUUUGAGCCGCUUGGCCCAGCAGGAAGGCUCCGCUCUUGGUGCGCGGAGGCUGGGCCGGCGCACCUGCCACUUCGCCCUCCUCCCGGAGGGGCGGGGAUCACCUUCCAAGAGCAGAGAGUGUCACCGCCCUGCGUCUUGACCCGCGGCCGCUGGCUGCCCGCGCGUCGGGGUGGAGAUGCCGGCUGUCCGAGCCGGAGCGUCUGGAUAUCCCUGCGCCUCAAAGUCCUUGAGUGCCUGCGGGUUCUAGCCGUGGAGUUGACCCGGGCGGGGUCGGGGCGUCCGGGGGCGGGGCGUUCAGACCCCGCCCCGGCCCCGCCCCGCGCCCACUCCCAGGCGGAGGGCAGACAGUGGAGCAGAAGUCCGGGCGCCAGCGGGCUGAGCCAGGCGCAGCCGGGAUGCACGCGCCCCUGCGGCCCCCGCUCCCAGGCCGUCCGCCGCCCGGUGGCGCCCAGCCUGCCGGUGGCCAGCGGCCACGGCCGUCGGCGCUUCCCGCAGGCGCUCAUCGUGGGCGUGAAGAAGGGAGGCACGCGCGCGCUGCUCGAGUUCCUACGGCUGCACCCCGACGUGCGUGCGCUCGGCUCCGAGCCCCACUUCUUCGACAGGUGCUACGCGCGAGGCCUCGCUUGGUACCGGAGCCUGAUGCCGCGCACGCUGGAGGGGCAGAUCACCAUGGAGAAGACCCCCAGCUACUUCGUGACACGCGAGGCUCCCCACCGUAUCCACAGCAUGUCUCCGGACACGAAGCUGAUCGUGGUGGUGCGCGACCCCGUGACGCGGGCCAUCUCCGACUACGCCCAGACUCUCUCCAAGACCCCGGGCCUGCCCAGCUUCCGCACCCUGGCCUUCCGCCAUGGCCUGGGCCCCGUGGACACAGCUUGGAGCGCCGUGCGCAUCGGCCUCUACGCCCAGCACCUGGCCCACUGGCUGCAGUACUUCCCUCUGUCUCACUUCCUGUUCGUCAGCGGCGAGCGACUGGUCAGUGACCCUGCCGGGGAGGUGGGCCGUGUGCAGGACUUCCUGGGCCUCAAGCGGGUCGUCACAGACAAGCACUUCUACUUCAAUGCCACCAAGGGCUUCCCCUGCCUCAAGAAGGCCGAGGGGGGCAGCCGGCCCCGCUGCCUGGGCAAGUCCAAGGGCCGGCCCCACCCCCGAGUGCCCGAGGCUGUGGUCCAGCGCCUUCGUGACUUCUACCGGCCCUUCAACCGCAAGUUCUACCAGAUGACCGGCCAGGACUUCGGCUGGGACUGA